AAAAAAAAAAGCUUCAUUUUGUUAACCUUUCCCUUACUUCAAUUUUUCACAGCUGGCUGUUUUGACAAUGGGAAACACUAUCAGAUAAACCAGCAGUGGGAACGCACCUACCUGGGCAACGCCUUGGUUUGUACCUGCUAUGGAGGAAGCCGAGGUUUUAACUGCGAGAGUAAACCGGAAGCUGAAGAGACUUGCUUUGACAAAUACACCGGGAACACUUAUAAAGUGGGUGACACUUACGAGCGCCCUAAAGAUUCCAUGAUCUGGGACUGUACCUGCAUCGGGGCUGGGCGAGGAAGAAUCAGCUGUACCAUUGCAAGUAAGAAAGGCAUUCUGUAACGUGCUGCAGGUCCC